AUGGUGUACGAUGGUGAUAAUGCUGAUGAUCCGGAUGUUGAUGACUCGAAAGAUGAUGACGCUUCAAAUUCAAAUUUUUAUUUUGGGCAAAUUCCAAAGCUGAUGCUUAUUGAAUUCCGUGAUGAUGAUGAUGUUGAUGAUGAUGAUGAUGAUGAUGGUGAUUAUGAUGACGAUGAUGGUGGUGAUGAUGACGAUGAUUAUGAUUCGGAUGAUGAUGAUGAUGAUGAUGAUGAUGAUGAUGAUAAUGAUGUUGAUGAUAAUGAUGAUGGUAACACUGAUCAGAUUUGA